UCAUGUGUGUUUCAAAAAUCUUCAGAUUCUUUGUCCUUGCCUUUUUCAUCUCGAAUAAUCUAGAUCUCGUACAAGGUGGUGUAGUAUCAGUGACGGAGAAUUUAGAAAACAAUAUUUUAAAUGAAAAUCUAAAAAAUAGUUUGAAGAAUCAUCAGAAUGAGACAUUUUUAACUUUGAAAAAUGUCAUAGUUGAAACUAUUAAAAAAACUGAGGGUAAUAUUUCAAUAAGUACAGAGAAAGAAAUUAUUAAUAUUGCUGAUAGUUUUUUUAGUGAAUAUAAUGAUGGUGAUUGGAAUGAAAAUCAAAAUAUAAUAAAUCUCUCGGAAAAACUUACUAAAGCAGUAGGAAAAAUUCUGUCAGAUAAUCGUGAUGAUACGAUUGUUCAACAAAUUGGAACAAUUGAAUUUGAAAAUUAUCUUCUUGAAACAAUUAAAAACAAGAAACACAGUUUAGCGUCUAAACAAGCAUUAAAGUUUUUUAUCUUGGAAUUUUUAUUGCAAAUAAGAAACAACACUCGCACUAAUGACAGACAUAAAUUGAACGCAGCCAUUGAUGGUAUUGUCCAUAAGUUCAAUUUUCAAAAAGAUCUUGAUAAAAUUACAAAAGAAGUGAAUCAAGUUGCAUAUCAAAUUUUCAUGAUAGCUGAUGUAUUAGAAAAUUUGAAAGUCUUCAUUAAAAAUGAUCUCAAUAAAGAAGAAUUUUUAUUGACUGCCGUUAAUAAUAUAAUGAACACAAUAUUAAUUAAAUAUCCCAAUAUGCCUAAAUUUCAAAAAAUGCUUUUGCAACAUUAUAUUCUACAUAUUUUGUUAGAAAAUAAUUUUCAUUUUAAAGGAUCUCAUGGAAUUAAUUAUUACGAUAUUUCUCAACAAAUCAUUGAAUACACGACGUUAAAUUUUAAUAAAAGCUUUCAAUUGGACUUAAUUAACACAAAUUCUAAACUUGAUAAAUUUCAAAUAAAUUUUGCCGAUUUUGAAAUUCAUUUGUUAACUAAUAUCAGCAAUAGUUAUAAAAAUAUUGGUGAAAUAAAUGCUAAAAAAUUAUUAAACAAAAGAAAAUUAACAGGAAUGUUUACUGAUUUCAUUUACGAAUACAACAAUAAUUUCUUUGAUUUAAAAAUUGGCAGGAUACCAUUAAAAAUCAAAAUUCGAGCAUUUCUAAAUACGAAAUUAAAAGAGCCAAUCAAUUUCUAUGAUAUUGAAAAUAAAAUUGCCAAUUGGCUUCUUCAGAAAAUUGGCAAUUUUCUAUUACCUCUACGAAAAUCGAGACAGAUUCAAUCUUUGCUAUACAUUGGAGGUCAUUCAGGAAUUUUUAAAACUUAUUCUUAUCAUAAAAAUUUAAAUCACAUAACAAAUUCAGAUAAGAAGCCAACACUAAAUACAAAAACAAAAAUACCAUCAAAUAAUGCAGAAACUACUCAAUCUUCAAAUGAGGAUGUAAAUAAAAUAACUAUAAAUGCUGGAUCUACAACCACUGAAGAGGCAAAAGAAGAAACAACAGGGAAACAAGAAGAAAAUGUUGACAUAACCCAAGCGCCAAAUGUAAACGAAAAAAAAAAUCCAGAAAAAGAAAAACCCUCCGAUGUUGAUCCAACCAAAUCGAAUCAAACGAGCGAUGCUACAACAACAGUUGCUACAGUUGUAGAACAUUCGACUGUAACUUCAAAUACAGAACAAACAACUACUGCAGCUGUAAUCGAAGAACCUGCAACUACAAAAAAUACAAUUAUUAAAUCUACAACAACAGAAUUUACCAACACUGAUUCCAAUUCCAAUAAAAAUGAACAGCCACCAAAGAUUAAUAUAAAUAAUACAACAACUGAUCCAAAGGCAGUGGAACCUAGCAAAGAAGUUUCAACAUCUGACGCAAGUACUGAAGCAUCAAUCACAACAACUACAACUGAAUUUAUCAAAACUAAUUCCAAUGAAAAUGAAAAUGAACAGCCAUUAAAAACUGACAAAAAUAGUACAACAUCAAAUGAUACAAAGGCAGAGGAAUCUAACAGUGAAGUUUCAUCAUCUGAUGCAAGUACUGAAGCUACGAAUACUGUUAUUCAAUCUUCAACUAAUGAGAAAAAUUUAACAAAUAGUACAGAGGAACCAAUCACUAGCACCAAAUCUACUACAGCUGAGGAAGUAGUUAAGAACCAAGAGGGAAUUUCCAGCACUGAACCUUCUUCUAAUUCUCAAGCAAGUAUAAAUACUUCAGAAACAGUUGAUGAUUCCAAUGAUGCAAAAAAAUCACCUACAACUGAAAAUGAAAAAACAAAGUCAGAAGUAAUUAAGAAAGAGGAAGAAACCAGUAGUAUUGAUCAAAACAUGAAUUCUGCACCUAAUGUGCCAUCAAGUACAAAUUCUACUAAUACAGAAUCUGCCAUUUCAGUAGAUGCGACCACAGUACCUACAAGGGCAGAAACUGAAGAACAUACAACAGAAACUUUAAAUACAGAAGUUGUAGCUACAGUAGAUUUAAUCCCAGAAUCUACAACAGAAAGUAAAAUUUCAAAAUCUACAACUGAAUUUAUCAAAACUGAUUCCAAUUCCAAUGAAAAUGAACAGCCACCAAAGAUUGAUAUAAAUAAUACAACAACUGAUCCAAAAACAGUGGAACUUAGCAAAGAAGUUUCAUCAUCUGACGCAAGUACUGAAGCAUCAAUUAUAGAUUCUACAAAUGAAUUAACUAUUGAGACAACCACUAUUGACAAGGAUUUAAAUAAAACUGAAUCUUCCACAAGUGAAAAAGUAAAUACAACAGUUACCAAAAUUGAAAACGAUUCUCAACAUGAUACACAAUCUUCGGCAAAUGAAGAAAAAAAUGUUAUAAAUUUAAUAACAGAAUCUACAACAAUAGAAGGUACAAUCACAACAUCUACAACUGAAUUUAUAAAAACUGAUUCCAAUUCCAAUGUAAAUGAACAGCCAUUAAAAACUGAUAAAAAUAGUACAGCAUCAAAUGAUACAAAGGCAGAGGAAUCUAACAGUGAAGUUUCAACAACUGAGGCAAGUACUGAAGCAACAAAUGAAAAAAAUUUAACAAAUAGUACAGAGGAACCAAUGACUAGCAACAAAUCUUCAACAGCUGAAGAAGUAGGUAAGAACCAAGAAGGAGUUUCCAGCACUGAAGCUUCAUUUAAUUCUCAAGCAAGUACUCUAUCUAUAAAUACUUUAGAUACAGUUAAUGAUUCGAAUAAUGCAAAAAAAUCAUCUACAACUGAAAAUGAAAAAACAAAGUCAGAAGUAAUUAAGAAAGAGGAAGAAACCAGUAGUAUUGAUCAAAACAUGAAUUCUGCACCUAAUGUGCCAUCAAGUACAAAUUCUACUAAUACAGUAUCUACCAUUUCAAUAGAUGCGACCACAGUAUCUACAAGUGCAGAAACUGAGGAACAUACAACAGAAACUUCAAAUACAGAAGUUGUAGCUGCAGUAGAUUUAAUCCCAGAAUCUACAACAGAAAGUAAAAUUACAAAAUCUACAACUGAAUUUAUCAAAACUGAUACCAAUUCCAAUGAAAAUGAACAGCCACCAAAGAUUGAUAUAAAUAAUACAACAACUGAUCCAAAAACAGUGGAACUUAGCAAAGAAGUUUCAUCAUCUGACGCAAGUACUGAAGCAUCAAUUAUAGAUUCUACAAAUGAAUUAACUAUUGAGACAACCACUAUUGACAAGGAUUUAAAUAAAACUGAAUCUUCCACAAGUGAAAAAGUAAAUACAACAGUUACCAAAAUUGAAAACGAUUCUCAACAUGAUACACAAUCUUCGGCAAAUGAAGAAAAAAAUGUUAUAAAUUUAAUAACAGAAUCUACAACAAUAGAAGGUACAAUCACAACAUCUACAACUGAAUUUAUAAAAACUGAUUCCAAUUCCAAUGUAAAUGAACAGCCAUUAAAAACUGAUAAAAAUAGUACAGCAUCAAAUGAUACAAAGGCAGAGGAAUCUAACAGUGAAGUUUCAACAACUGAGGCAAGUACUGAAGCAACAAAUGAAAAAAAUUUAACAAAUAGUACAGAGGAACCAAUGACUAGCAACAAAUCUUCAACAGCUGAAGAAGUAGGUAAGAACCAAGAAGGAGUUUCCAGCACUGAAGCUUCAUUUAAUUCUCAAGCAAGUACUCUAUCUAUAAAUACUUUAGAUACAGUUAAUGAUUCGAAUAAUGCAAAAAAAUCAUCUACAACUGAAAAUGAAAAAACAAAGUCAGAAGUAAUUAAGAAAGAGGAGGAAGCCAGUAGUAUUGAUCAAAACACGAAUUCUGCACCUAAUGUGCCAUCAAGUACAAAUUCUACUAAUACAGUAUCUACCAUUUCAAUAGAUGCGACCACAGUAUCUACAAGUGCAGAAACUGAGGAACAUACAACAGAAACUUCAAAUACAGAAGUUGUAGCUGCAGUAGAUUUAAUCCCAGAAUCUACAACAGAAAGUAAAAUUACAAAAUCUACAACUGAAUUUAUCAAAACUGAUACCAAUUCCAAUGAACAGCCAUUAAAAAUUGAUAAAAAUAGUACAGCAUCAAAUGAUACAAAGGCAGAGGAAUCUAACAGUGAAGUUUCAACAACUGAGGCAAGUACUGAAGCAACAAAUGAAAAAAAUUUAACAAAUAAUACAGAGGAACGAAUCACUAGCACGAUAUCUACUACAGCUGAAGAAGUAGUUAAGAACCAAGAAGGAGUUUCCAGCACUGAAGCUUCUUCUAAUUCUGAAGCAAGUAUAAAUACUUCAGAAGCAGUUGAUGAUUCCAAUGAUGCAAAAAAAUCACCUACAACUGAAAAUAAAAAACCAAAGACAGAAGUAAUUAAAAAAGAGGAAGAAGCCAGUAGUAUUGAUCAAAACACGAAUUCUGCACCUAAUGUGCCAUCAAGUACAAAUUCUACUAAUACAGUAUCUACCAUUUCAAUAGAUGUGACCACAGUACCUACAAGGGCAGAAACUGACAAUCAUACAACAGAAACUUCAAAUACAGAAGUUGUAGCUGCAGUAGAUUUAAUCCCAGAAUCUACAACAGAAAGUAAAAUUACAAAAUCUACAACUGAAUUUAUCAAAACUGAUUCCAAUUCCACUGAAAAUGAACAGCCAUUAAAAACUGACAAAAGCAGUACGGCAUCAAAUGAUACAAAGGCAGAUGAAUCUAAUAGUGAAGUUUCAACAUCUGAGGCAAGUACUGAAGCUACGAAUACUGUUACUCAAUCUUCAACAAAUGAAGAAAAAAAUUUAAUAAAUAAUACAGAGGAAUCAAUUACUAGCACUGAUUCUGAAAUUAAUUUCAGACAUUUAGAAAGUAAAGAAUCCUCUAGCAAUGUUUCAUUAAUAGUUGAUUCAAACACAAAUUCUUCAACCACUGUGUCUUUAAAUACAAAUUCUACUAACACAGAAUCUACUAUUCCUAAAGAUGUGACACCAUUACCUACAAUUACAGAACAUGCAGUGGAGGCAGCAAUCAAUUCUCAAUCAAGCACUACAACCAUAAAAUCUCCAGAAAUUGUUAAUGAUUUGACAACCUUGGAACCUCCAAAAGAAGAAAACACUGACAGUGAAACUCCAAUUCCUCCAUUAGUAUUAGACUCUCUAAUUGCAAAUUUUGACAAAGCUACUAAAAGCGAUUUAAAGAUAAUACUUCAACCAUCACCAAAAGAAGAAGCCUCUAAUUCUGAUCCAACCAGUGUCAGUACAACAGAAAUAACUGCAUCAAGUGGAGUGAAUAACAAUAAUAUAAAUAAUGAUAAUCAAACAGUUGACUUAUCAAAUAGGUUUGAUAAUAAUUCGAAUAAAACUGAACAAUCGCCUGUAACCGAAGAGGCAAAAGAAGCAACAACAGGGAAACAAGAAGAAAAUGUUGACAAUUCAAAUGUAACUGAAUCGUCAAUUGUAAACGAAAAAAAAAAUGCAGAAGCAAGUAAAGAAAAACCCUCCGAUGUUGAUCCUAUUAAAUCUCACCCAAAUAUCGAUGGUACAACAACAGUUACUACAACAGUUGUAGAACCUGUAACUACAGAAAAUACAAUUACUAAAUCUACAACAAUAGAGACUGAUUUCAAUUUCAAAAACGAACAGUCAUUAGAAACUGACAAAAAUAAUACAACAACUAAUUAUCCAAAAGUAGUGAAACCUGGCAAAGAAGUUUCAACAUCUGAUGAAAGUACUGAAGCAUCAAUUAUAGAUGAUUCAACUAAAACUAAAAAUUUAAAUACAACAAUUAUUAAAAUUGAAGAAAAUUCUCAACAUGUUAACAAAUUUUCUGAAAAUGAAGAAAAAAAUGUUACAAAUAAUACAGAGGAACCAAUUUCUGAAUCUACUACUGACACUACAGUUACAAAAGCAUCAACUGAAUUCAACAAAGUUGAACUUAAUUCAAAUGGAAAACCAGCAAAUAAUUCAGGUACUGAAUGUGAUACCAAUAUUUCUGCAAAAGAAAAAAUUACAAAUAUUAAUUCUACAUCAUCCAAUACAAUAGUACCAAUUACAAUUCCAAAUUUUAUAUUGCAGAAUAUUUUACCUGAACAGAUAAAUUCAAUUUUAUUAAACAAAACACUAAUUCCACAACUAAAUUCUACUAAAGAUUGGCAAUAUACGAUAUCAACACUUCAAAUGCAAAAAAUUGAUGUCAAAAUUCCUCAAAGAAAAGAAACUUAAGAAUCAACUUCUUGUCAUUUAUAAGAAAAAAUAAUUUACAACAAAAAAAAAAAAUUGUACUGGAAAUUAUUUAUGAAAUUAAUAAAAAAAAUGUCUCAAUA